AUGUGGUAUGUCAGCACUCGGGGGAUGGCCCCACGGAUCGACUUCGAGGGGGCGCUCUUCUCUGGCUAUGCUCCAGACGGGGGCCUCUACAUGCCUGAGGAGCUUCCACAGCUGGGCAGAGAGACCCUGCAUGAGUGGAGCACGCUCUCCUACCCCAGCUUGGUGAAGGAGCUGUGCAGCCUCUUCAUUGGACCUGAGCUCAUUCCUAGAGAUGACCUAAAUGAUCUGAUUGAUCGUGCCUUCAGCAGAUUCCGCCACAGAGAGGUGGUGCAUCUGUCCAGGUUGAGGAACGGGCUGAACGUGCUGGAGCUGUGGCACGGGGUCACCUAUGCGUUUAAGGACAUGUCCCUGUGCUGCGCAGCACAGUUCCUGCAGUAUUUCCUGCAGAAGAGGAAGAGGCACAUCACCGUGGUUGUAGGAACUUCUGGGGAUACAGGAAGUGCUGCCAUUGAGAGUGUUCAAGGGGCAAAAAACGUGGACAUCAUUGUUCUGCUGCCCAAGGGUCACUGUACAAAGAUUCAGGAGCUCCAGAUGACAACAGUGCUAAGAGAGAAUGUCCACGUGUUCGGAGUGGAGGGUAACAGUGAUGAGCUGGAUGAGCCCAUCAAGAUGGUGUUUGCCGAUGUGGCCUUUGUCAAGAAGCACAACCUGAUGAGUCUGAAUUCAAUCAACUGGUCCCGGGUCCUCGUGCAAAUAGCCCACCACUUCUUCGCUUAUUUCCGGUGUGCGCCAUCCUUAGACAUGCACCCCCUCCCCGCCGUGGAGGUGGUUGUGCCAACGGGGGCUGCUGGUAACCUUGCAGCUGGGUGCAUCGCUCAGAAGAUGGGGCUGCCCAUUCACCUGGUCGUGGCAGUGAACAGCAAUGACAUCAUCCACAGGACCGUCCAAUGGGGAGACUUCUCUCUGUCCGAAGCGGUUAAACCAACCUUGGCGUCAGCCAUGGACAUUCAGGUUCCCUACAACAUGGAGAGGAUCUUCUGGCUGCUAUCUGGCUCUGACAGCCAGGUGAUAAGAGCCCUCAUGGAGCAGUUUGAAAGGACAAAAAGUGUGGGUCUCCCCAAGGAGCUACACAGCAAGCUUGCGGAGGCAGUAACUUCUCAGUCAGUGUCGGACGAGGCCAUCAUCCAGACGAUGGGCCGCUGCUGGCAGGAGAACGAGUACUUGGUGUGUCCUCACUCGGCCGUGGCCGUGAGCUGCCAUUACCAGCAGGUGGACAGGCAGCAGCCCAGCCCUCCUCGCUGUUGUCUGGCUCCGGCCUCUGCAGCCAAGUUCCCGGAGGCCGUGCGGGCUGCCAGGCUGACCCUGGACACCCCGGCAGAGAUCCUUGCCCUGGAGCACAAGGAGACACGGUGCACCCCAAUGCGGAAGGGCGAUGACUGGACUCAGAUGCUCCGGGACACAAUAGAGGACCUGAGCCAGCAGUGGCAGGGGCGCUUCCAGAAUCUCCCGGCAUAG